UUUGCAUAAAGGAGGAAGAGACACUCACAGAGAGUGAAAGAGAAAGAGAGAGCUAACGAGACCAUGAGAGGAGCCUAAAGGGGGAAAAAUGAGAGAAAGACAAAAUCAAAUAUGAAGAGAUAAAUAAAUGAGAGUUAAAACUGGAAGGAGCCUAACAAGGAAAAAAAGAGCAAAGGUUGUGGCUACUGCAGGCAUGACUGAGAAGAAACUGAGAGAAACACAAUGAGAGAAAUAAAGAGAUGGAUUUGCUGUCACAAUCACACUCUGUUCUUCAGCAGUUGAACAUGUUUGCUGUAUUCAAAAACUAGCAACGCUUGCAGGCUGCAGUGGAGUGAGCUGUGUAUGCUUUCGUAUCUUACAGGCUGUGCAACGUGCCAAAAGCAUCGACUGAGACAAACUGGGCCCUGACCAAAGCAGGUUCUGACAGUGACCGUCUCCAUGGAGGAGAGGGAGCGGCAGUGCAACGGAGAGGACAGAGGUGAUGUUGAAUCCCCCACAGGACGGUCGGUCACAGCAGGAGUACCAGGCACAGCGUCCACAUGGAGGAACGGUGAGUGUGUGGCGUCUGUGUCCACAUCCACUUGGUUCACUCCCAGCUUUGACUUCACACACUGCAGGACACUUCUGGAAACCAAAGGCUUCCAGAUUCCAGAAGAAGACUUUGAGACUCCACUUCGUUUAGCGCUGGACCACCCGUCCAUCAGAAGAUACCUGCUUUUCAACUCAAACGUUUUUAAUGUCAUCAUGUCACCACUUUUGUAUCUGGUGCUGUGGUGCACUGUGUACUCGACCAUUCACAUGUACCUCCGUAGCAGUGCCACAGACUUCUGGGUGCUGUGUCUGUGUGUCAGUCUUGUGUCUGUACUCCUCACCGCCGCCAUCAACCUCAUCUUCCACUACAGCAACAAAGAGAUCAACAUGAACACAGAUGUGCGGUUGGUGGGGGUGAAUGAGCACAUGGCCAGGCACAAGCUGCUGUUGGGAGUGGCUGACUGGGUCCAGAAAUGCAGAGGAAAUCUGCAGCUCUUCUGUGUGUACUGGGACUUGUCCCCAUGUCUCACAUCUCUGACUGGAGUGCUGGAGGACAGUUUUGUCAGGGAUCAAGUACAGAACAAACUCAAGAAAAGAAUGUCCCACCUAGUUCUAGUGACCGAGGUCACGACCCUUGACCCCGAGGCUGGAGAACAGGACGAGGAGCUCCCAGAAGAAGAGCGGCCGCUGCUGGAGGGACGAGAGCGAAGCGCAUCGACUAGUCAACGUGAAGACUCUAAACUCACCAAAAACUUCAGCUUGAUGCCUGACACCACUCUCUCCAAUCAGGCGAUUGCUCAGCAGCUCCUGAUGACCUACAGUGCACUUUAUGUCAGACUGCUGGUAUCAAACAAGCUUCCUGUUCCUCCCCAGCGGCCUUCAGGUGCAGAGAAAAAUCAUUCCACUUCCUCUCUGUGUCUGUGUGAGUACGUGGAGCUAAAGCUUCUGCGGUAGACAUGACUAUCAAAUCUCACAUUCAAAGGUAUUAGUCAUCCAUUUCUUCGGGAUGAUUGUUUUGCUGUCCAUUAUGAUAUAGUCAAGGACUGUUCUUGCUGCUCUUGAAACUGUUAUGAUUUUGUCAGUAUAUAUAUAUAUA